AUGUCCGUCCGCCCAACCCUCCUCGCAAAAUGGAUCUCGCGCCCUAGCUCGAUGCUCAAAUCAUCCCCAAGCUUAGCUUCACAUCUCCAGCUCCACCUCAACCCCUCAAUUCGUCCAUCCCUCGCACGCCGGAGCACGAUCUUCCCGCACGCGCACGGAGCACAAGUAACAGCGCGCUUCUCGACGCGCACCCGCCCGACACCGACACCGAGCUCAUUCCAGCCCAAGCCCAAGCAGCGCCGAUUCAACUCCGGGUCUGCUGGUGAUGGCAAGAACUCUAGCUCUGGAUCUGACUCUGGACCUGGAAAUGGAACUGGGUCCAGAGGCGGCGGCAAAACUAAACCGAAACCUUCACUAUCCCAGCGUCUGAAGUCUCUCUCGCGCGAGUACGGAUGGGCUGCGCUGGGCGUGUAUCUUGGCCUGUCGGCGCUGGAUUUCCCAUUUUGUUUUGCGGCUGUGCGGUUGCUUGGUGUUGAUCGUAUUGGGUACUAUGAGCAUGUUGUUAUUGGGUAUGUGAAGGAUAAAGUUAAGAGUGUGUUUCCGAAGACGAAGGGGUCGGAGGAGGAGGAUGGGCAGGGACAGCUUGCUCAGGCUGAGGAGCGGAAUCAGGAGGAAGCUAGUAUCUGGACGCAGUUGGUUUUCGCUUAUGCGAUUCACAAGAGCUUUAUCUUCAUUCGCGUGCCUUUGACGGCGGCUGUCACGCCCAAGGUUGUGAAGACGCUGCGGAGGUGGGGAUGGGAUAUUGGGAAGAGAAAGCCUAAGAGUACGUGA